GGGUUGCAAGAUCUCGCGUCGUGUCCCCGCCCCGAUGGGAGCCGACUCACCGGACGGGGGAGCGGAACUCAGAGAUCAGAGAUCCAGGGUUGGUUGAGGUUCCUCCUGGAGAGAGACGGUCCAGGGUCGGGAAGGUUGAGAGGGAGAGAAAGAGAGAGAGAGGUCUAGCGGGUUGAGCGGCGAUGUGCAGCCGCGGGAUGCGAGCCCUCCUCGGGCUGCUGUUCGCCGCGGGAGUCCUUGAGCAUUGCGGUGCCGCGACGCGAAGGGACGGAAACGUCCCGGGGAACAGAAUCCCUCCGCUCUCCAGAACCCGAAGAUACGCCAUCAACCCCCUGGGACACCGGUGGCAGCACUACAACCUCACCUACAAGAUCCUGAGCUACCCUAGCUCCCUGAACCGCCAUGACACCAGGAAGGCUAUCGGUGUAGCGUUCAGCCGCUGGAGCGACGUGUCCCCCCUCAGCUUCUCCGAGGUCACCACGCCCAACGCUACCGCUAACAUCCUCCUGGGGUUCUACGUCCUCAACCACACUGACUGCUGGGGCUCCCCGCUGCACCCCUGUUUCGACGGUCUGAACGGGGAGCUGGCCCACGCCUUCCUGCCCCCCCGCGGGGAGAUCCACUUCGACAACCAGGAGCUCUGGAUCCUCGGCCGGUCCCGCUUCAGCUGGAAACAAGGUGUGUGGCUGAAUGACCUGGUGCAGGUAGCGGCCCAUGAGAUCGGUCAUGCUCUUGGUCUGUGGCACUCCCGCCACCCUGGGGCCCUCAUGCACCCCAACGCCACCUUCACGGGCCAGCGCACCGUCGCCCAGGACGACAUCUGGGGCAUUCAGAGACUCUACGGCUGUCUGGAUAAGAAGCGUGUGUGUGAGCCGUGGGCGAGGCUGGGUUUCUGCAGCAGGAGGAAGACCUUCAUGAGGAAGAACUGUCCCCAGCGCUGUGAGCUUUGCUUUGAACCACUGGAGGUGGUUGCCACGCCGACGGCUGCCCCUAACAACGUGAAGGUGAAGGUGGUUCCCAGGGGGAAGGUCGUCGGCUUCCGCUGUGGAACCAACAACCCUCGCCUGGCUCCCAAAGUCCGCUGGUUUAAGGACGGGGAACAGCUUGUGUCCUCGGUCCCGGGUCACAUGGUGAUGAAAGGUCGCGACCUCCGUCUCCUCGCCUCCCAAUUCACAGAGGGGGUCUACACCUGCCGCCUGCAUCACCAUGGCAACGCAGUCUCCGCAAACUCAUGGGCCGUCCGGCUAAAGCCCGAGCAGAACAGUUGAGAGAAAGAGAGAGUGUGUGUGUGUGUGUGUGUGUGUGUGUGUAUGUUUUUAGUUUUUGUGUGUGUUAGUGUGGAACUGUGUGUGUGCGUGAUACACUGGUUGUGGGUGUGUGUGUGUGUUACAGUGUGUGAAAUAUGUCCUGCAGAGUGGGUGUGGCUUGUGGUAAAGGGGUGUGUGUAAAGGUUUAUACGAAUGUGGGCGUGUCAAGAGGAGUACUCCAUCAGGUCUGAAUCAUUCAUAAAAUAAACCUUAUCCACUGGUGCGUCUCC